AGCUGUGUAUGCUGUGGAGCAGUGGAGGGUCAGGAGCUUCCUUUUUUUGCCCAUAGUGGUAUAUUUAGAGCUUUUGGUGACUUGAGACAAUGAAAGAAAGGAGGAGUGGGGAGGUUGUGAUACAGGCAGACAAUGGAGGUUGCAGACAACAGGGAAAAAGACCAUGCACUGAUGGAGGGAUGACAUGGGAGACAGGGGUAUGAGAGGAGAGGAAGGGAGAGGAACUGGGUGAGAAAAGAGGGAGUCACCUUGUGAGGGACAGCUAGGAAAAUGGCUGUCCUGGCAGUCUCAAGGAUGACUCAGCUGUAAUACAAUUAAAGUCUGGGUCGUGUUUACUUGCUUUAGACCUGUGUGUGUGGCUACCUGCCUGCCUGCGUGUGUGUAUGUGUAUGCAUGUGAUUGUGGUAGCAUGCCACUGUGGCCAUGGCUGAUUUUUUUAAGGAGUGGAGAGCCAUCAUGCAGAGUCAUACUGAAUACAUUAAGGUUGUGUAGUUGUGUGUGUGUGUGUCUGCGGGUUUAUUUUUAGUGUUGUUAAGUUAAUGACCAAAUGCAAACAGCAUUAGCUCUUCACAGUUUGGUGGCUGCAAGAAAUUUAAUGAUUGAAGUUUCCAGAACACAACUGAUCCCCUGCCUCUGUCGCGGCGCCACCUGCUGGAGAGUGAGCAGACUGCCGGUGUCGUUUCCACAUCUGUCCACAGGGGGCAGCACAGGGUCACUGCAGUGAUCCUGUGACUGUUUACUUCCGGUGUCAGCUGCGCUCCCGUCACAGACGAGGGAAAGUUCAAACGAAACAGCCUUGAUUUCUUAAUAAAACACCGAUGUAAUGUCUGAUAAAAUGUAUCAACCAACAAAUUUAUUAAAUAAAUGGGUCCAGGAAAACAACGAGUUGGUAAACAAAUGUAAGUUUGCAUUCGCUUCAUCAUUUCAGCAGCAGGAAGGAGGAGGAGACACCUUGAGCCGAGAUCAAAACCAGACUCCUCUAAGAUCGUACUCAUCUGAGUUUCACAAACUUUUAAGGAAAAUCCAAGGUGUUCCUCCUCUUGUCAAUCACACUCAUUUGGAGCUGUCAGUGGUCUACAAUGCCUGUGUGUGCUCCACUGCCCAGUCUCAGUUCACAGAAGCUGAGCUGCUUCUCAUACAGGCUAUACAGAGAGCUCUACAGAUGACAGGAGAUGAACCUGUGGCUUCAAACCGCACUGUGUUUUGGAGAACAGUUCUCAAAUCAGUUGGAAACACAACUUUUAAUACUUGUGUCCGGUACCUUCUCUGUCUGCAGUGGGCAAUAUGGUUGGCAACCUGCCAGCUGACAAUUAUACAGGAAUUAAAGGAGGAGCUGUCCUCUUUGUUUGAGACACUAUGUGGUGGAGUUGGGGACGACAAGAAGAAUGAGGCAAGAGGAAAGUCGUCUGAUAUUCCACUAUUGGUGACAGACCCAAGAGGGCUUGUUGAAUUAUUGCAGAUCUGCACUUCCAUCAUCCAAGGUGCUGAAAGGUUGAGUGAAGGUCAGAGUUCAGAAGCACUGUCUGCUCUACAAACAGCUUCCUCCCUGCCGGCUCCCAGAGCUCUACUAGCAUAUGUGCACUUCCUCUCAGGGUCCUGCCUCGCUCAUAUGAGCCGCCCUCAGAUGGCACUGCAGUGUUACAGGAAGGCGCUGGUGACGGACGCCUGUUGUGUAUCUGCUCUGUACCAGAGCAUGCUCAUCUACAGACAGCUGGGCAACACACAGGCUGAGAUACAAGCUCUUCGGUUGCUGCAGUCAACUUUGAUGUUGCCCUCUGUUACAGUGCCCGCUCUGGCCACCACCCAUCUCCUCUCCCCGUCCUUACUGCUCUGCAGCCAAUCACUAAGCAGCCUGCUCUCAGUUCCCUCUGCCCUCUCUGUCCUUCACAGUCUGGCCCUGAAGUGUGUGCUCCAUGGGAGGGUAUCAGAGGGUGUGGAGCAUUAUCUGGACCUGCUGGCUGCCCUUCACUCAGAAGAUCAACAUGGAGUCCAUGCUGAAGCCCCUGCCCUCCCCAGGUUGCCUGAGCUUUAUCUGGAGGCUGGCGCUGCCUUGCUCAUGGCCAGGCGGCCUGCAGAUUGCAUGGCAUUGUGUAAUGAAGUCAUCAGCACCACACUGGAACUGCUGCCAGAGAAGGUGGUGUUGGAGGAUCCAGAGGAGACGAGUGAGGCUGAGACCAGGGACAUGAGCGUGGACGGGGAGGACAGGGUGGGGAUGUUGCUCUGGACUGGGGCCGCAUACCUCCUGCAGGGUCACUGCCACACUCACCUGAAGGACUGGAAACAAGCUGUGACUCACUACACUAGGUGUAUCAACCUGCUGGUGAGGGUCCGCUUUAAAAAGAAAGGUUUCCAACCACAGAUCACCAGUGGAGACAUGGUUGUCAAACAGGGAACACAUCUGUGUAUCCUCCAAAGGCUGAAAGGGCUUUCACUAGCUGGUAGGGGUAUCAGCUUCACUCAGACAGACCAACUGAAAGAGGCACUGAGAGACCUCCUGCUCAGCCUCCAGGCAUCCCCAGAGUGUGUGGGUGCAGGGCUGUGGUGUGGUGAAGUGCUGUGGAGGCUUGGCAGGAGACAGGAGGCAGCAGCUUGUUGGGAAAAGACCUGGAGCUUCACCACACAGCACCACUCAGCAGAGGGUCUGCCUGUGUACCUGCAGGAACCCCAGUCUGGCCCUUUGUUGGACUCCACGGAGCUGCGGCACAGAAUACAGGAACUUGGUCCUAACUAGCCAGCCUGGAGAGGAACAAAAGAAGAAUGCCCUAUCACUUACUGAACAGGAUCAACUUUCUCUGGCCUGUGAACUGAAACCCAUACCCACAACAAACAUGUAUCUACUGGGACAGUAAAAUAAAGCAUAUUGUAAGGACUUGUUUGAGAGUGUCUUAGACUGAGAUGUGGCAGGUGGUUUAUGCAUUAAAAGAUGCAAGAUAACUGGGCAUACUGAAAAUUUGAUUGGUCACCGAUCUGGUUUCUUGGGCAAAAAAGUACCUAAUUAUUACUUAUUUUAGUUUAGGUAUUGGCCAGGCAAGAGUGAUCAAGACUGUAAAUUUAGUAAUGGCAAUGGUUUUCAAUAUCAAGUACAGUACAUACUACUUCAGAAGAUAUGCACUAUAAAUUCUGUUGCUGCUCUAAAAUGUCUGUUUAUAAUUUCUUUAUGGGUUUUUCUCAUCAAUAAAAGUAUCUGAUUGAGUUGCA